AUGAUCGGCACAAAAUUAAGAGCAUGUUAUCCUACAGUCACUGGUCUGAUGGCUUGGAGGGUGAUCGUCGGUAGAUUGCUAAGACGAAGCAUGAUUUACAUUUACGGUCUGAUGGCUUGGAGUAACAUCGUCAGAAGAUGUGCUCAAAGAUUUUUUGAGCGCAUUUUGUCAUUGAUGCGUUGUCAAGAUGAUCGGCACAAAAUUAAGAUAAGUAUUAUUCUAACGGAUGGUGACUCAGAUGAGGAGGUGAGGGAUGAGGAAUUAACUAAACAAACCACACUACUCAGUUUCUUCCAUCCAACACAGAAGUCCCAGGACUUAAAUGAAAAUGAAAUGGAACCAGAGGAGGAAUCUUCAAACUACAUACCCCCAACCACCAGAGGCGCAGUAAAGAGACCCAUCCCAACCAGCUCCCUAGGCCGCAAAACCAAGGAAGGGAACAAUACCAUCAUAUUCAGCUGCCUCAAGGGGACGGAUGAAUUGAAGAAGAGGGUCACCUUUUCCCUUGACAACAACACAAAGCUAAUAGAUGGGUAUCUGGUUCAUAAGAACAUAAUCAUCAACCCAUCCCCCAAGGAACAGAACAGACAGAUGUCAGUGGACAUUUUUAAGCAUAUCCUCCCAUUCCAGGAUGCCAAUUGUAACAGGGAAAACAUAAAAAAGGACCCACACCCACUCCUCAAGUCGUUCAUGAGGAGACAGAACAUAUUGAAUAAUGCCUGUAGGAAUGAGGAGCACUGCACGUGCAUCAGAUCAUUCAUGGAGGCAUACAGGAUUCAUAAGGUGAGCAAACCGAACGUGAAGAAGACUAAAGAGUACAUAUUGAUCAGGCCGUACUGCCCCACUUUGAUAACCAUAUACCAUAAGAUUCAUCUGGCAAUGAUUAAAAACAAUAUCAUCUGCAACGAGAAAGAAAUAACAGUAGCGCAUAAGGUACAAAGAAACCUGGGCAGAAACCUGUUCGGUAGGAUAUAA